GUUGAUGGCAAAUUACACUAGUCGUGACUGAAAUCUAAUCGAAACUUUGCUCAAAUUUGAGAACAUAUUUCCUACAUGAACUCUACUACUGUGUAUUUAAGAACACAUUUAUUUCAUCAUUUUCUUCAAUUAAUGAACUUGUAAGUCAAAAUCACAGAAAUGUUUAAAUUUGUGAACCAAUCUUCGGCAACCCUUGUCGCAGCCGUAUGUGCGAGGACACACCACCUCCCGCUUCUUUCGGCCCCGUGUCUCCAGGGGAGGGGAACAGAAGUUGCCCGUCACUCGUCCGCGUCCGCAGCUCUUUCAGUUCACAGCUGUAGCAAACGGCAAGCCGCUGGGCCGGGCAAAAGCAUAGGUGGUGCUGCGGAGGAGUGGGCUUCAGCUUUAUCUUCGACACAUUUUCUUUCCAACGCCACAUACUUUAGAAACAACCAAGUAUUAUUAUCAUGCAGUGAAAGGCUAGUUUGGGGAACAAGACAUCAGUACAAGGAAUUUUCAUCAUCUUCCAGUUCAACUUCAAGCACAGAGCCAGGAAUAACCGAAAAGGAACUGAAAAGGGAAAUUGAUGAUUUGACCGACAAAUUCAUGGAGACCAGAGAACUCCUGGAAGAUGCUAUGGAGUCCAAGGACACCGUCUACUUCAAUGACGAUCUCAAGGACGCUAAGGAAGCUGUGCAGGAAACACUGUCACAAUUCGAGGACCUCAUGGCGAAGCUGAGUGAGGAACAGGAGAGAAAUGUGAGGAGAACGAUUGGAUUGAAGAUGGAGGAGCUUAGGGCACAAGAGAUGAUGAUUGACGACAGUUUGAAGGAGUGAAUAUUAUUGGAAUUGGUUUCUAGAAAGAAAGGAUGUUUUGAAGAAAUAUAUAUAUUGCAAAUCAGUGAACUUUUAAUUGACAUCUUUGGUCUUCUCAGUAUAAUUCAUUGGAACGCUGAUUAUGUUGAACACUUUUAUGGAAUAAAAACUUUCUAACUUUCUGAUAUCAAGGUAUUGCUGGCCCAACUUAUUUGUUUUCUAUUGUUUUACAGGCAAGAUACAAGGUGAAGCAUUUCAUGGUUCCAUUAGAGUUUGUUAUAAAGAGGUUCCACUGUGUUUAGAGACUUAGUGACUCCAGAUUUGAUGAUUAGAAGACUUUAAUUUAAUUUGUUUGUCCAAGAUGUCCACUGCAACUGUUAUGCCAAAAGGCAUGAUGAGGUACUUGCAACGAUCAUAUUUCUAUUGUAUUCAGAAAAUCCGCUGGGAAGAUUUUAAGGCUAAGCAUUGAGAAAGGAUGAAAAAUUCACUAGUUUACAGCCCAUAAUGAGGGGGAAAUGCCAUGAGUAAAAGAGAAGAAAAUAUUUUAUAGAAUCUAGAUUUUAGACAGAGAAAGUUUUAAAGAACAGUAAUUGAAAUCAAGUGGAGAAAUUGAUCUAAAUCCCCUCCCCCUAGGCAUUUAUAAAACUACAGGAUUUUUCAAUCGCUAUGUGAAUUGGCAAAGUGUUUUACUUCCCAUUAUUUAUUGAUAGAGACAUUUCUAGUUUUAUAUUUCUUGUUAACUUCAGGGCAUUGUCUGUUCUGAAGAAUGCACAUUUUGGCGAUAAGUGAAGCAGGGUCUAUAUUCAAAGCACAUUAUAUUUCACUUGUAAAAAUGAAAAUGAAAAUGCCUUGUGCUAGUGUGCUGAUUAAAGUCAAAUACUCAAAUA